GGCUCAGGAUGACCGAAGGCAACAGGUACCAAGGGAUGAUGGGAGAUACCAAGUUAGGCCUCAGUCUCCAAGAAUCCAGGAUGACAGAAGGCAAGAGACCCCAGUACCAAAGCAUGAUGGGAGACGUCAAGUUAGGCUUCAGUUCCCAGAAAUCCAUGAUGACAGAAGGCAAGAGACCCCAGUACUAAGAGAUGAUGGAAGACACCAAGUUAGGCCUCAGGAUGACAGAAGGCAACAGACCCCAGUACCAAGGGAUGAUGGGAGACGCCAAGUUAGGCUUCAGUUCCCAGAAAUCCAGGAGGACAGAAGGCAACAGGUACCAAGGGAUGAUGGGAGAUGCCAAAUUACACCUAUGUCUCCAGAAAUACAGGAUGACAGAAGACAACAGACCUCAGUACCAAGAGAUGAUGGCAGACGCCAAGUUAGGCCUCAAUCUCCAGUAAUCCAGGAUGACAGAAGGCAACAGACUCCAUUACUAAGGGAUGAUGGGAAAAGUCAAGUUAGGGCUCAGGAUGACCGAAGGCAACAGGUACCAAGGGAUGAUGGGAGAUACCAAGUUAGGCCUCAGUCUCCAAGAAUCCAGGAUGACAGAAGGCAAGAGACCCCAGUACCAAAGCAUGAUGGGAGACGUCAAGUUAGGCUUCAGUUCCCAGAAAUCCAUGAUGACAGAAGGCAAGAGACCCCAGUACUAAGAGAUGAUGGAAGACACCAAGUUAGGCCUCAGGAUGACAGAAGGCAACAGACCCCAGUACCAAGGGAGUAUGAGAGACGCCAAAUUAGGCCUCAGUUCCCAGAAAUCCAUGAUGACAGAAGGCAAGAGACUCUAGUACCAAGGAAUGAUGGGAGAUGCCAAGUUAGGUCUCAGUUCCCAGAAAUCCAUGAUGACAGAAAGCAAGAGACCCCAGUACCACGAGAUGAUGGGACACACCAAGUUAGGACUCAGUCCCCAGAAAUCCAUGAUGACACAAGACAACAGGUACCAAGGGAUGAUGGGAGACGCCAAAUUACACCUAUCUCUCACGAAAUACAGGAUGACAGAAGGCAAGAGACCCCAGUACCAAGGGAGUAUGAGAGACGCCAAAUUAGGCCUCAGUUCCCAGAAAUCCAUGAUGACAGAAGGCAAGAGACUCUAGUACCAAGGAAUGAUGGGAGAUGCCAAGUUAGGCCUCAGUUCCCAGAAAUCCAUGAUGACACAAGACAACAGGUACCAAGGGAUGAUGGGAGACGCCAAGUUAGACCUCAGUUCCCAGAAAUCCAGGAUGACAGAAGGCAAGAGGCCCCAGUACCAAGAGAUGAUGGGACACACCAAGUUAGGCCUCAGUCCCCAGAAAUCCAUGAUGACACAAGACAACAGGUACCAAGGGAUGAUGGGAGACGCCAAAUUACACCUAUCUCUCAUGAAAUACAGGAUGACAGAAGGCAACAGGUACCAAGGGAUGAUGGGAGAUGCCAAAUUACACCUAUGUCCCCAGAAAUCCAGGAUGACAGAAGGCAACAGACCCUAGUACCAAGAGAUGAUGGGAGACUCCAAGUUAGGCCUCAGGAUAACAGAAGGCAACAGACCCCAGUACCAAGGGAUGAUGGGAGACGCCAAUUUAGGCCUCAGUGCCCAGAAAUCCAUGAUGACACAAGACAACAGGUACCAAGGGAUGAUGGGAGACGCCAAAUUACACCUAUGUCUCCAGAAAUACAGGAUGACAGAAGACAACAGUCCUCAGUACCAAGAGAUGAUGGCAGACGCCAAGUUAGGCCUCAAUCUCCAGUAAUCCAGGAUGACAGAAGGCAACAGACUCCAUUACUAAGGGAUGAUGGGAAACGUCAAGUUAGGGCUCAGGAUGACCGAAGGCAACAGGUACCAAGGGAUGAUGGGAGAUGCCAAGUUAGGCCUCAGUCUCCAAGAAUCCAGGAUGACAGAAGGCAAGAGACCCUAGUACCAAAGGAUGAUGGGAGACGUCAAGUUACACCUACAUCUCCAGAAAUCCAGGAUGACAGAAGGCAAGAGACCCCAGUACUAAGAGAUGAUGGAAGACGCCAAGUUAAGCCUCAAGAUGACAGAAGGCAACAGGUGCCAAGGGAUGAUGGGAGAAGCCAAGUUACACCUAUGUCUCCAGAAAUCCAGGAUGACAGAAGGCAACAGACACCAUUACUAAGGGAUGAUGGGAGACGCCAAGUUAGGCCUCAGGAUGACAGAAGGCAACAGGUACCAAGGGAUGAUGAGAGAUGCCAAGUUACACCGACGUCUCCAGAAAUACGGGAUAACAGAAGGCAACAGACCUCAGUACCAAGAGAUGAUGGGAAACUCCGAGUUACACCUGCAUCUCCAGAAAUACAGGAUGACAGAAGGCAACAAGUACCAAGGGAUGAUGGGAGAAGCCAAGUUAGACCUCAGUUUCCAGAAACCCAUGAUGACAGAAGGCAACAGACUCCAUUAUUAAAGGAUGAUGGGAGACGCCAAGUUACACUUACAUCUCCAGAAAUCCAAGAUGACAGAAGGCAACAGACCCCAGUACCAAGGGAUGAUGGGAGAUGCCAAGUUAGGCCUCAGUCCCCAGAAAUCCAUGAUGACACAAGACAACAGGUACCAAGGGAUGAUGGGAGACGCCAAGUUAGGCCUCAGGAUGACAGAAGACAAGAGGUACCAAGGGAUGAUGAGAGACACCAAGUUAGACCUCAAUCUCCAAUAAUCCAGGAUGACAGAAGACAACAGACCCCAGUACCAAGGGAUGAUGGGAGACGCCAGGUUAAACCUCAAACUCCAGAAAUCCACCCCAAUACUCAAGGAUCACUGGUGGAGAUAAAGGAUAACCCAAUACACUGUGAUGUGUAUUUUUUGACCAAGCAAAAAGGCAAUUGGUUAUGCUAUUGUAUCCAAGACCCAUCAGAACAAAAAGAUGAACAAAGCAGACAAAAUAAUGCUUCUCACUCUGCCUUUGAAGAUGAUCAACAUGGCAGACAUGUAGGAAUCUUUGAAUCCACUAUGGAAGAUCCUUAUCAGUCUCAUGAUUGGCAAUCAGCUGAUGAUUAUUCCAGUGAGAGGCAACAAUGGGGGUGGGAACCAGUUGAAAGGAGUUCUGGUGACUAUCCAAUUCAAGAGUGGGAAGAAGAAGGGGACAACCCAGAUGAGUACAUAGAACCAAAUAGGGAAGAAUAUCUUACAGAUGAGGCUUACUAUCCCGAUCUUAUAUGGAAAUCAGGUGACCAUCAAUGCUCUUCAUGCUGCACCAGGAAAGCCUAUGAGUGCCAGGAGAAUAUUGGGAACCCACAGGCUUCUCCAUUCUUUGAAGAUGACUUCUAAAGUCCCAUCUAGAUUUCCAUAGGUAUUUCGGAUGUCAGAUAUGCUUCACUAUGAUCCACACUAAAAAGAUUAUACCUUCUGAUUUUUUUUCUUUUUCUUUAAGUCAACAUAGCAAAACUAUUGUAUGACAGCAGUAUCUUUUGGUUUCUGGGGGGUCAAAGAUCAUAGGGAUGAUUUAAGGUGAAGGAAGAAAGCAAGUAUCUGUCAUGUCUCCAGUAGAGAUGUGACUAGUUAUGACAUCUUUAAAAUCCAAGUUCUCAAGGUUUACCUGGAGGAUAUUUCUGGAUCAAAUUCAAAGCUUGUAUGAAAAUCAAUAAUAAAUGAAUAGCAUUUAACUAA